ACCCAGUAACCACUGGAUAGGAGACUGGGUAGGCUCAAGAGUUGGAUGCUUUGGAGAAGGGAAAAAUCUUGCACUGGCAGGAAGCAGACCCAGGCCCUUGAGCCCAUAGCCCAUUGGUAUACUGACUGAGCUAUCCCCAGUCCUUCCCUUAGGAUGAGAAACAAGAUUUUACAGCCUCACAAAAAUACAGGUACAGUAACAAGUACAAAGUGCAGUUUAAUGGUGCAGAUGCACAUGCAGUAGUGCUGCAUGACAAACCUGCACAAAAAAUUUGGGGGAAGCUCAGUUGUGGAGAACACAUCACAUGGUCUGCAGAGAAACCUGCAGUUUAUGAAGGAAGUCAGCCUGAAGUCAGGAGUUCAUCUCAUUGCCGGUACAGGUUACUAUCUCGCCAGUGUACAGCCUCCAAACCUUCUGCUUCAGUCUCAGGAAACUAUGUACAACUUGAUGCUAACAGAACUCACUAUGCAGUGUGUGGAACAUCAUGACAUUAAGUGUGGCUUCAUUGGUGAAGUUGGAAGAAGUUGGCCUCUGCAUGAGUUUGAGAAGGGGGUAAUCCAAGCUACAGGAGAACUUCAGAUGGAAUUGGGUUGCCCAGUCAGCUUCCAUUCUGGCAGAGACCCUGAACCUCCAUUUGAAAUAAUUCGUUUGUUCCCAGAGGCUGGUGGAGAUGUCAGUAAAGUUGUCAUGUCGCAUCUGGAGAAGGAGUACACUGAUGUAUAUGUGGAGAAGAAGGGCAGGUGCAACAUCUAAACUACCACUUGCACUUGAAGGGUAUUAAUAAAAUCUCAGGCUGUGAGCUGUGUCAGUUGGUUUGAAAUGACCACUGUUUCAGGGAUGACCUUUGUCCUGAUCAUCAGGAUGUGAUGCAACAUUGGGUCCAGACUGUCCUGCUGUAUAGUAGCCCCUAGCUCAUGAUCGCAACUGGACACCAGCUAAUGGAAAGCUAAUGUGUGGAGUCAUGGGUUUGCUUGGCUUGGUCUUAUUUCGCAAUUGGUGUAUCUCUGUACUGCUUUAUUAUAUUAGUUACCAGGUACCAGGACUGACUGAGAUUGGAACCUCCAUCCCUAUUAAAGUUUCUGGGGUGCAGCCAGAUGUCAGUAUCAUCCUGUAUCAACACGCAGUCCAUAUAUCCAGGUGCUUUAUCUAGUAAGGAGGUGCUACUGAAGCCAUUACUGUGCCUGUUUGAAGCUUGUGCUCUGUAACUGCUGACUUCUAUGGCUAGCUGAGGCACAUAUGUCUCAUGUUCAUUCUUUGAUUUCCCCGACUUCUCUGGCUGGCC